AUGGCUGUUGUUGUUGUUGUUGUUGUUGGUGGUUGUGGUGGUGGCGGUUGCGGUGGUGGAGGUAGUGGUGGUGUAGGAGGUUGUGGUGGUUGCGGUGGUGGUGGUGGUGGUGGCGGUGGUGGUGGUGGUGGAGGUGUUGGUGGUGGUGGAGGUGGUGGUGGAGGUGGCAGUGGUGAAGGUGUUGGUGGUGGUGGAGGUGGUGGUGGUGGUGGUGGUGGCGGAGCAGGAGAUUAA